AUGACUUCUAAAUUACAAGGAUUAUCUAUUGGUAAAAUGUCUAUGAAUUUUACUUAUCUCGAUGUUAAUCAAUGGGAACAAUUAAUAUCACAACAUAUACCUUAUUUAAGUAAAUUUCAAUUCGAAUAUUAUGAAAAGAUGCCAAGACAUGUGCUCAAUUCUUCCAUACUAUCUUCUCAAAGUAUUCAACUUAUUAUUAGCAAUAUUGAUGAAAGGGAUUAUGACAUUUUACUCAAUGAUUAUAUUAAAUCUAUUAUCAUUUCAACUAGCAUUACCUGUUUAACUAUAAAUAGUAGUAUGAUAUCUUGUGUAUUGACCGAACUAUUGGAAAUUUUACACAAUCUUGAUUCAUUGACAAUUUCAUAUUCGAGUCGAUUGUUAAAAUUACAUGGAUGCAGUCAACAAUCAAAACAUCAUAAUUUAUCGACUACUAUGAAUAUUACAAAAGUCAAUAGGUGUUAUGUGACAAAAAUCGAACAAGUUGAUUUUAUUCUUAAGUUUUGUCCUCAUAUACAAUAUUUACAAGUAGAAUGUACAAAUGAUAUUGAACUAUCAUCACUUAUUCGAUUUAUUUUUAUUGAAAAUAAUGCAUAUAUUAAAGAUCUUGUUUCAUUAUGUUUAUGGAUAUGGAAAAAUAAAUCGAGUCGUAGUACUGAUCAUUUGAGGGAAGAAACGCCAAUUUUGCUACAAUAUCAUGAAAAUUCGAGAACAGAUUCAUCACAUAAAGGAAAAAAUGACAAGGAAGAAAAUAUGAGAAAAACUAAUAAGACUCAUCGAUCAAAUUCGUUUAAUGAACUUGAUUCAAAUGAAGAGAGAAAUAUUUCAAUAAAUUCAUCUGUUUUUCAACGUCCAUGGUAUUGUCGAUUAUGUCAAACAUUAAAUCAAAUUGAUACUCCAUCAUGUUCUUGUUGUGGUUCAAAUAAAGUAAAUGUCUAUAUUCCUAUCAGGAAUCAUAUCAAUAAAACAACUAUUCAAAAUAACUCAUUGCCUUCCAAUAAUAAUCCAGUGACAUAUCGUCAUCAAAAUUCAAAUGAUCAUGUCAAUAAUGAGAAUAUUCUUGAAGAUAAUAUUUAUCGGCGUAGCGUUCUUAUAACACACAAACGUCAAGCUGAUGAACAUAUUGCUUCAAAAACGUUUGAAAAACUUCUCAAUAGUUUAACAUUGUCCGAUAGGCAAUUUGAAGAUGAAACUUUUCCAGCAUCAUCUCAAUCACUUUUUAUUAAUGGAAAUUCACUUUCACAAUCGACCUUAGCUUUCUUACCUGAUCAACAAACUGAUGUCUCAUCCAAUCAUCAUAUUCACUGGUUGAGACCUGAUCAAAUAAAUCCACCUGAAUGGAAUGAAAAUCUAAAAAAGCAAUGGACAGUUUUUAGAAAUCCAAAACCAAAUGAUGUUCUUCAAGGAGCGUUAGGUGAUUGUUGGUUUAUCACUGCGUUGAGUGUUCUUGCUGAAGAACCUGAAUAUUUAAUGAAAGUACUGAUUACAAAAGAGUAUAAUCAUCAAGGAAUAUAUUAUGUUCGAUUAUGUAAAGAUGGUGAAUGGACACAAAUUGUUGUUGAUGAUCGUCUACCGUGUACGCUAAAUAAACGAUUAGCCUAUUCUCAAGCACGUCGAAAGCAACUUUGGGUUCCAUUAAUUGAAAAAGCUUUAGCAAAAUUAAAUGGUAGUUAUGAAUCAAUUAUUGCUGGUCGUUGUUGUGAAGGUUUAUCAACAGUAACAGGAAGUCCAUGUGACACAUUAAUUCUUGGUCGAACCAAUAAUCCAGAUGAUAAAAAUGUUGAUCUUGAUAAAUUAUGGAUGAAAUUGUUACGUGCACAUUCGCAAAGAUUUUUAAUGUGUGCCAUGUGUAGUAAUAAUCGUAUUGCAAAACAAGAAUUUAAAAAUUGCGGUUUACUUAAUAUUCAUGCUUAUUCAUUACAAGAUGUUAAACAAUCAAACGAUGGAAAAUAUAGAUUAAUUAAAUUAAGAAAUCCAUGGGGUGGAAAAUAUACAUGGAUUGGUGAUUGGUCCGAUGAUUGUCUUUUAUGGAAUGAAAAUCCAGAUUUACAUCGAGAGUUAUUAAAAGAAAAACGAAGUAAAAGAGAUGGAGUAUUUUGGAUGCCAUUUGAGUCAUUUGUAAAAUAUUUCGAGUGUGUUGAUAUUUGUAAAAUAAGACCAGAUUGGUAUGAAGUUAGAGAUUCAGGUAAUUUUUAUCCUGAACAAGGAAUGAUGCAAGCUUAUUAUUUACAUAUUAAAACUGCAACUGAACUCGAUAUAACACUUCAUAGGAAAAUAAGUAAAAAUCUUCGCAUUCAACGAAGUGAUGUUAGUCUUUGCGUUGCUAUUGUUAAUAUGGAAGAGAAAGCUCAUGGAAGUUAUAGAAUUUGUACAAUUCCAAUAAUAAGUCAACUUGGUCAACAUAAAUUUGUUUCAACUGAUGGUAAUCUUCAACCGGGAAAUUAUAUUAUUUUACCUUUCCUUUUUAAUCCUGUCAACAAACAUGUUGAUAGUACAGAAUUUAAUAUAGCUGUUCACAGUUCUCAUUCAAUAGAUCUUGAACGUAGGAAAAUUCCAUUAAGAAUUCAACGAGAAUUUUUAAUAAAACUUUGUAUCAUUUAUGGUGAACCAGUAGUUAAAGAAAAUCGAACUGAAAAUGAAUUAAACGAUGGAGUUAAAAUUUAUGAAUUAAAAAAAUAUUGGGAUGGUCUUAUUUUACUUGUUGAAAAUCGAAAUUUAAACCAAAAUCUUCAUUUUCAUUUUCGUUGUACUCUAUCACAAAAUGCGUGCAUGUCAAGGAAAGAUUCUCAUCAUCAAUUAUAUGAUGUUAUUCCAUCGAUGCAUCGACAAAUUAUUGUUACAAUUUCAAGAAAAAAUUCUUCGCAUUCAAUUACAAUUGGACAUGAUUUUCAAUAUGAUCUUUCAUCACAAAAUUUUAUUAAAAAUUCUCAAGUUAAUAAACAAACACAUUCACCAAUUAUAGAUGAAUCAAUAUUUAGUGAAGAUAUUCAUUUACCACAGCCAAUUUCCAAUGUUAAAAUACGUUAA